CUCCCAUUCACACACGUCUCACACCAGCAAACACAGAUGGUGGCUACUCAGUCUUGACAAAGCGUGGAGACUGUGGAAACUUUGCUGGACCCAAGGACCUGAAGAAAGAGAAGGAGAAAAAAGGAGAAAAGGAGAGGGGGAUAAUAAUGGAGUGUAAGGAGAAUGUGAUCCACUACCUCAGCUGGGGGUUCAUCAUCAGUGGGGUGGCGUAUCUCUUUCAGCAGACCAGGACCCAGACCCCGUACGGACGCUACGUGACCUCGGAUGGGACCCCAGGGAGGACCUGCCCUGCCAAGCUGGCCUGGUUCCUCCAGGAACUGCCUUCUUUCCUCGUGCCCAUGCUCCUUCUGCUAUCCACUGACACACAGCCCAGCCUGGGCAAAGACCUGCUUCUCUGGACCUUCUGUCUGCACUACUUCCAAAGAACAUUCAUCUACUCCUUGCGGACCAAAGGUCGCCCUUCCCCUCUCUACAUUGUCUUCUCUGCGGUAGUCUUCUGCUCUGUCAACGGUUUUCUCCAAGGCCACUACAUGCUCCACUGUGCCACGUACGAUGAUGCGUGGCAGACCGACAUUCGUCUGUCUACCGGUUUGCUGAUAUUUUUCCUGGGAAUGGCCAUCAACAUUCACAGUGACCACAUUCUUCUAAAUUUGAGAAAACCCGGAGAAGUUGUUUACAAGAUUCCCAAAGGGGGAAUGUUUGAGUAUGUCUCCGGAGCAAACUUCUUUGGAGAGAUUAUGGAGUGGUGCGGGUAUGCCCUAGCAACGUGGUCCCUGCCGACAUUCUCCUUUGCCCUUUUCACUAUGUGCUCGAUCGGACCGCGGGCCUACCACCACCACAGGUACUACCAAGAGAAGUUUGAAGACUACCCCCAGUCGAGGAAAGCUGUGAUACCUUUCAUAUUAUAAGAACAGAAAACCAGAGAAGCCUUAAAAAAAAAUGGACUGACCUAGCUAAAAUCAUUAGUCAUAGCCAUGAUAUUGGCAUUUACGGAACUCUGAAAUGAAAUGCUUUCAUUAACUAGACAUAUUCCUCUCAUCUCAUUGUAUUCAGAGCUAGAUCAUAUUUCACACCUGCAGCAACAGAUCUGUAAUACCAUACUCCCAAAUACUUGGAGGAAUGAAUUGUGGCAGCAUUCGGCAUGGUCAAAGCUCAAUGAAGGAUAAAUAAUUCAGGGUGAAGAGAAAGGGAUGUGGUGGGUAGGUCAUGAAGGAAUAAUGAAAAAAAAAAAAUUCAUUCGAAAGGGACGACUGACUGCCUUUUCUUCGUUGUGCAAAAAGUGAUUUCUUAGAUGCACUACUUCACUUUUGGAAAGGCUCAUUAAACCUCCGCUUAUUUACCUUGUGGUCAAAAAAAACAAACCUUGGUCUGUUUUUAUUAUGCAGUUUAUCAAAAAUGUGAUUAAUAACUGCUGCAUAUGUUAAUUGCACAUUUUAAUUUCAUGCUUGCUUGGUUGAUUACAUAAGUCCAAAGGCAAAGUCAUCCUUCAUUCGGUGGGACAAAGGCUCAGCUUACUGGAAAUCAUGUGAAUGCAAUAUCUGGCUAAGCAGUGACAUUCAUCAAUCAAUUAAGUUCCGUAGCGAUGGCAAACAUUGCCACCCUCGGGAACGAGAGUCGGGCUAGUGCAUCACUGAGGUUCUUGACAGACAAGCUUAACAGUAUGUGUUAUGACAUGACAGUAGUUGUAAUCCUCCAAUUCCACCACUAGGGGGUAGUAUAAGCGUUUUCAUGAGGGUAUCAUGUUUUAGAGAGCGCAACAACAGUCCUAAAAGCAGACAGGCCACAUCAAUAUUUCAAUUUAAGGUGGUUUUCUAAUUUCCUUCAUUGGCACUGAUCUGGAGAAAGAGCAGUGCUGAUGAUGGAAAAGAUUAAAUUCUUUCCACAUCACUGAGCCAGCCGAGCUGUAUUGCGCUGGCCUGGCUACGCAUUCACCAUAGUUGCUGGAACCAUGCUGGAAAGGAGCAUGUAAAAAUGAAAGCAUAGUACAGUUUGGGUCAGCACAGUAGUGUGAAACAGGCCUUAGAGAUGGAACAUGUUAGGAAUGGAGGUCCCAAUAUUGCACUCAAUUGUGAUGGUACUUAAGCCCACUCUUUGGUCUAAUUGAAUACAAUCUCAAGUUUUGUUUGCGUUUCAUGGCUGACAUUUGAAAUGUAAUUGAUUAUGUGAUGUCUGUAGUGUCUUGAAAUGCAGCCCUGGUCUUCCCUGGGUGAAAUAUGUUCAUACUCCACACACCUGUAAGCAAGUUACUCUGCAGUUUGACUUAUUGUGAAAUUCAUCGUUUUAUUUUAUCUCUAACAGAGGAAUAACAUUUACAGCUAAUCAAGCACAGGUAAUUACAUCAUUAUCUUCCAUUUACUCCACACGUAAAUCGUUAAAUAGAUAGUAGUCCACUGGCAAAAUGCCUCACCACUAGUCACUCCUGGGAAUCCUUCUCUUUCAGUGCCAUCUCAGAGCGAGCGACGCUUCUCAUAGCCCUCUGCAUGAGCCAGGUGGUUAAAUGGAUGCCAAGGAAGGACCCCCCAGCCACCCACAGCCAGUUCUUCUUCAACCAGCUCUGGGGCUUCAUAGUCUCAGUCCACUAUAUAGCCUAGUCGGUGUUGUCCUUUCUGAAGGAUGUGUAUGUCACUGGAACAAAACAGAACAAUUAGGAUACAAGAUACCCGUGGUUCCCUACCAUGGCAACUCUGAAUGAAGGUGAUCUACACAACUGAAGGAUGUGUCACUUUAUGGUUACAUUAAAUAUGAUUUAGCUACUAUAAGACCUUGACAUGCCUUAGAUUAGAGUGCAGAGAGAAAAUGUCACAUAAUACAUCAAGAUUGAUAGGAUGAUAAUCAUGACAUAAUAAUAAAGAGCUCCAACAUG